UUUAAAGAGUUUUGACAAAAAGAUGAUUUUGUGCAACAAACCAUCUGCAGCAUAUGGCCACCAACAAAAGGCUGUUGUGUUGAAAGGGGGAGGAAAUGAACUCGUUUGGGACAUUUCUCCUUAAGAGCGUUCCAGCGCUGAGCUGGAGCAACAAUACGAGUCCUCAGAUGUGGUUUGGCUGAUGUGAUAGCAUUCCGGUCGUAUUGUGUUAGAGCAGAUUUACACUUUGCAUCACCAGACUAUUGCUGAAAAUGUUGCAGGCACAGGCUUCUUGGUAGGACUUGGUAAGGGAGGUUUUUGUUUGCACAAAGACCUGGAGGAUUGUAGCAAGCCCAUUCUCAUUCUACACACCAUUAUUCACAGGUGCACCAUCAAACUCUCAACACACAGUUAUUCCCAGACCCCAUCUGACACUCUAACACUCACACGAUGAGGCAAUAUGAUGAUUAAGAUAUGAAGAUACAUUUAUUACAACAACACACACUUGUUGUUCUCUACACACUCCCUCCAAUCAUUCCGUUUUGUCAUUCGUGGGAGCUGCAGUGAUGAACAGCAACAUAUGCCAUGCAACAGAUGUUCAGCUGGAAGUAUUGUGUAAAACUGAAUGCUAAUGAGUGUCGUGAACAGAACGCCAACGAUGCUGUCAUUUGUUUUUGUCUCCACAGUACUACGAAAUGUCCUACGGUCUCAACAUCGAGAUGCACAAACAGGCAGAGAUUGUAAAGCGUCUCAGUGCCAUCUGUGCUCAGAUCAUCCCCUUCCUCUCUCAGGAGCACCAGCAGCAGGUGGUCCAAGCAGUAGAGAGAGCCAAACAGGUCACCAUGGCUGAACUCAACGCCAUCAUUGGGCAGCAGCAGCUCCAGCACCUGUCUCACCACACCCCUGGUAUCCCCCUGACGCCGCACCCAUCAGGCCUGUCUCUGGGUGCGGGGGGCUCGGGGCUGCUGGCGCUGACUGGAGCCCUGGGGGUCUCGGCACACCUUGCCUCCAAAGAUGAAAGAAACCAUCUUGAUCCUGAACAUCUUCGAGAGGGAGCACCCAGCAGGAGUAAGUCUGUGUCGUCAACAGACAGCCAGCCCGCUGAGGAGCGCCAGGGUCCAUCAGGAGGAUACUCUUCCUUGCAAGGAGGAGCUGAGGCUAAGAGAAGACGCUGUGAUGACAAAGAGUCCCUCCCGCCACACUCUUAUGACAGCGAUGGAGACAAGAGUGAAGACAAUCUUGUGGUGGACGUCUCCAAUGAGGAGCCUAACUCUCCUGCUGGCAGCCCUCCUCACUCACCCCAUGGAAACGGGCUGGACCGAGCCCAAACCUUGAGGAAGGAGCUCCCCGGCUCCUCGAGCACAGGCGAGGCUCCUUCCACGCCAAACCCUCGAAGCCCCACCCCCGGGAAGACCAAGGACUCUGCACAGAUGGAUAAGUCCCAGUCUCCAUUGUCUAAAUCUGGCACGCCGUCCCCAUCCCACCGUGAGGCUCUUACCCCCGGAGCUCCUGGUCCCAGCACCUCCUGCCUUCGCCUGGUCAGCAAAGCAGCAAGCAGCGCCGACCCACUCGCUCUGCGCAGUCCCAUGUCUGUGCCCCCCGGUUCAUACCCGGCUCAUUUUGGCGUGGUGUCCCACGCAGGGCUGAACGGGGAGCUGGCCAGCCCGGGAGGAUUUGGAGGAGCUCUGACUCUCUCUCCACAGAUCAGUGCAGCAGCCAGCGCCUACUCCCGCAGCCCCAUGGUGGCAUAUGACUCUCGAUCUCACCUGAGAGCUUCAGGGCUGUCCUCCUCGCUCCCUGGUUCCUCUGGUGGAAAGCCUGCCUACUCGUUCCACGUGAGCGCGGACGGUCAGAUGCAGCCGGUGCCGUUUCCCCCCGAUGCCCUGCUGGGUCCGGGAAUCCCGCGUCACGCCCGUCAGAUCCACACGCUGAACCAUGGGGAGGUGGUGUGCGCCGUCACCAUCAGUACCUCCACGCGCCACGUUUACACCGGAGGCAAAGGCUGCGUUAAGGUGUGGGACAUCAGCCAACCAGGAAGCAAGAGUCCCAUGGCCCAGCUGGACUGUCUGAACAGAGAUAACUACAUCCGCUCAUGCAAGAUCCUCCCCGACGGGCGAACCUUGAUUGUUGGCGGUGAGGCCAGCACGUUGUCCAUCUGGGAUUUGGCCACGCCCACUCCCCGCAUCAAGGCGGAGCUAACGUCUUCUGCCCCGGCCUGCUACGCUCUGGCCAUCUCUCCUGACAACAAGGUCUGCUUCUCCUGCUGCAGCGAUGGAAACAUCGUCGUCUGGGACCUCCACAACCAGACGCUGGUCAGGCAGUUCCAGGGCCACACCGACGGGGCCAGCUGCAUCGACAUCUCCAACGACGGCACCAAACUCUGGACAGGUGGACUGGACAACACGGUCCGCUGCUGGGACCUCCGGGAGGGACGGCAGCUGCAGCAGCAUGACUUCACCUCUCAGAUCUUCUCUCUGGGCUACUGUCCGACAGGCGAGUGGCUCGCCGUGGGGAUGGAGAGCAGCAACGUGGAAGUCCUGCACGUCUCCAAACCGGACAAAUACCAGCUGCACCUCCACGAGAGCUGCGUCCUCUCACUCAAGUUCGCCUACUGCGGAAAGUGGUUCGUGAGCACAGGAAAAGACAAUCUGUUGAAUGCUUGGAGGACACCAUACGGAGCGAGUAUUUUCCAGUCCAAGGAGUCGUCAUCUGUGCUGAGCUGCGACGUCUCCCCGGACGACAAGUACAUAGUGACGGGCUCGGGGGACAAGAAGGCCACGGUGUACGAGGUGGUGUACUGAGGACCGGGACAGGAAGCAACAGGAUGGAGAGUGCAUUUUCUGUGUUUUUGUUUUUCUUUUGGGGGACUUAGUGCAGAUGGAGCAACUGGUUCUCCUGCCAACUAAACCCGAUCCUCAUUACAUUUGCAACAGCAGCAUCUGGGGCUGACCUUUGACUCUAAAAGUUCACCACUGCUCUCUUUGUUCUGCUGUGAUAAAAAAAAAACACUAAAGAAAGCCCCACCCCCCUCCUCCUGCUCCUUUUUUAGCUCAACGCAUGAGGCUUGAUAGCAAAGAGGGAGGCUGAAUGAAAAACAGCGAGAUAAGAAAGACAAAGGAAGAGGGCGGUGGAGUGUGAAGAUAAAGUUGUGCGGAGAAAGCGGAGGAAAAAUGAGAAGCAAAAGAGAGAGGGAGUGGAAGAAAGAGAAAUUAAAGGGGGAGGGGGUGAUGAGGUGGAAGGCAGGGUAAUUAGGGCUGUUUCCUGAUUAAGAGCUCAGUGGAAGGGAGGCCCCCGGAGGAGGCGCGAAGCGGCACUGUGGGAGCACCAGCCAGGAGCACUGAUACCACACAGUCGAUUCAUUAGCCAGACAGUGGAGGCCUUAACGAGGCCGGCGCUGGAGCUCCAUCUCUCCACCGAGAGGCGUCAGGAACCGGGAGGCGGCGGCGCUGUACGAUGGAGCAAAGGGGCCGCUUCAGAUUCCUACAUAAACUGACAUGAAACCGGCUCGGAUACACACACACACUCAUCACCAGGCGAGAACACACACAUACUCCUUUACCCCCCCCCCCCC